UGUCAAACUCGUCGCGUAAACUGCACUUUCCAGCCACGCGUCGGCUGGUAGCUAUCCUACGGAGUACGUAACCGGAACCCUUGGAACAGAGGGGCAUGCGAUUGUGAGAUAAAGUAGAAGCAUCCAAGACAUGGAACAUGGCGCGCUUGUCAGUGCCAACUACGGCACGACUUCCAUCAUCUUUACGAGUCGAUGCUUCUACAAGCGCUGUAACGAAGGUUCUCAACCGACUUUCCCGUGCGUCGCUCCUAUCGCUCGUCGUCGACUGGCUUGGUGAGAGUAAUCAGACACUAUGCCCACCACUCUUGCGACGCGAUAAGGAGGACGACGAUGAUGUGGACGAAUUCUACCCGCUAGCGCAGUCGCUGGAGGAGCUGCGCGAGCUCUACGCCGAUAUGCAGGCUGCAAAAGGCAGCAAGAGGGAGGUCGUCGACCGCAUCGUCGAGGGAGACUGGCGCAUGGGCCUCAGCCUGUACCAGCUUGCCAUGGCCGACAUGCGCUACCUGUACGACCACCCAGGAUCUCUCAAAUGGAUUGCAUACAGGAUACAACAGUUGAAGUCUCCCUUGAACGAAGCAGAGGCCGACGGCGCUGAGAAGCCGGACAAAGAGACACUGGCCAUCCCCCGCUUCCACCCCUCGACGUUCCUUCAGAACCUGCAGGCGGAGGUGUUGCCCGACGUCAAGGCGCAUUACAACUUCGACCGGCCCGAGGGUAUGCCUCUUUGGCUACUACGCAUAUUCAUUCUCGACUCGCCGUACAACACCACCCUGGCAGUCUCCAACCGUACUGGCGAUCGGGCCACGACAAGCUUCGAUGCCUCGAGGACAUUAUAUAUUGCGUUUCCGGAUGCAUCGCCACACAUCUACAUAUCCAAGUCUCAGAGCACUGGGCCGGCCGCGCCGGGAGAAUCAAGGAGCCUACAUAGCCUCAUAGUCGAUGGCAUCCCCAAAGCGCUGUCACGCCCGCGCGAGAGGUAUACUUUGAACAAGACGAACCUCUCAACGAAGAACUUAUCAGGACUGUUGCACAUCAGGGGCGCAGGCCGGACGAAUGCAGCAGGUGGCGGUUGGGGCAUCUACUCCGAAUUGAAGCCAACGGAUUCGCCCCUGAAUCCUAUACUCCCAACCCCGCCGUUGUCGGAAGACUCCUCUUCUGAACCCAUGAUAGACAACAGACCAGUGAGUAGGACUCAUAAACGCGCACUGGGCCCAGAAGAGUCGAGACGCGAACGUGCAAUAAAGAGGGCGAAGAUGGCAGCACAAGCUCGUUUCGGCAGCUCGGCGAAGGUAGACGAUAGGAAAGGUAUGGAGCGGCUGGACAUCAUGAUUGAAGACCCAUUUCCGAACACUCCGGGUGUCUCAGCACCGCAAAACGAGGCCGAAGCGGGCGAAGCGGAGGAAUUGGAACGCUCGCAAUCGUCGAAGUCAAAAGGACGGCGCAGCGGGCUUGAGCUCGAAUUCGAGCAGGUUCGAGACCUUGCCGAAAUUGCGGGUGAAGGCAGCAGGGAAGGAACGUGGAAGCCAAAUGUUCGCCUUACGUUCCAAGGCUCCCAUGUCUUUGCUGGUAUCAGGCAACUUGUCGAGGCUGGUGUCAUCAAUGGAGGACGUAUGCCAGGCUGGAUGACAGGGGAAGAGGGCGUGAGCAUUGGCGCUGUACGAGAUGGGCGGAUAAGGGGACACAAGGGAUCUGGACUGUAGAAUGUGAUCAGGUGGCAUUGCUGCUUGAGGAUAGCAUGGCGUUCGAUAUCGCUUUACGCUGUCGUAGUAUAUACCCCAAAGAAGAAGUUCCGAGCAUGUCGGAAACAUCGCAACGGAACUUGCAAUGCAUUUGCAUCAUUUCAGUCAUUCCAUUGAGACCGGUA